GUCGGCUCUCUGUUCCCUUUGCACGCGGCUGUCGGUUGCGGAGUGAGCUCGCGGCUAGAGGAUUAUGCCCGGUAAGCUUCUGUCAGAGGCCGAAGUCGAGUCGGAGGCGCCCAUGGAGGCGACGGAGCAGACGCGGAAGCACAAACAAAAGAAAGAUAAAAAAGAGAAAUCAAAAAAUGAGAAGCCAGAAAAAAAGGGCAAGGUAGAGACUGAGGAACUUGAUUCCCCUAAGCCCAAGAAGGUAAAAAGGGAGGAGCUUCCAGAAGAAGUCAUUUCUCCAAAGCCCAAAAAGGCCAAGAAGAAAGAACAGCCCCCAGAAGAUGAGGAAGACUCUUCCCCUAAAUCCAAAAAGGCCAAAAAGAGCAAGGAGGGGUCUGGGGAGGAGCCCAGGAGGCUGAAAGAGAAGGAGGAUGCCUCUAGCAAUGACAUCUGCUCUAAGGCAAAAAAGAGCAAAGAGAAAGAAGAGCUUUCUGAGAAACCGAAGAAGGCCAAGAAGAAGGAGGGAGAAGUAAAUGGAGACACAGGAGAGGAAAGGCCAAAGUCACAGAGGGCAUCUGUGACUAAUGGACUGCCCCACUCCAAGCAUGCGUCUGAUUCUGAUUCUGAGGAGUCAUCCAGUGAGGAAAGUGACAGCGAGGCUGAGCAGGAAAAUGAUCUUCAUAAAAGAGUAGAAAGCCAUGCUCUUAGUUCUAAGGGAUUAAAAUCCCAUUUGCAAACUGGACUGACAAAACAGUUUAAAGGAGAAGAUGAUGAAGAAGAAGAAGAUGAUGAUGAUGAUGAUGAUGAAGAAGAAUUGGAGAAACCCAAAAAAGGUGAAAAGAAGGAAAAUGAGAAAGAUUCAAAAUCUGAAGACACUGAGGAGUUAUCUGCAGAGCAGAAAGAAGGAGCUUUCUCUAAUUUUCCGAUCUCUGAAGAGACUAUUCAACUCCUCAAAGCCCGUGGGGUGACCUACCUGUUUCCUAUACAAGCGAAGACAUUUCAUCAUGUAUCUAGUGGGAAGGAUUUGAUAGCCCAAGCCCGGACGGGGACGGGAAAGACGUUCUCCUUUGCCAUCCCCUUAAUUGAAAAACUUCAGGGAGACUCUCAGUCUCGAGGAAGAGGCCGUGCACCAAAGAUACUGGUCCUGGCCCCGACACGGGAACUGUCAAUCCAAGUCAGCAAAGACUUCAGCGAUAUCACCAAGAAAUUGACAGUAGCUUGUUUCUAUGGUGGAACGCCCUAUAACGGCCAGAUUGAUCUCAUUCGGAGAGGAAUCGAUAUCUUGGUGGGCACCCCAGGGCGCAUCAAAGACCAUCUGCAGAAUGGCCGGCUCGACCUCACCAAGGUGCAGCACGUUGUGCUGGACGAAGUGGACCAGAUGCUGGACAUGGGCUUUGCUGAGCAGGUGGAAGAUAUUUUAACUGUGGCAUAUAAGAAAGAUUCAGAAGACAACCCCCAGACGUUGCUUUUCUCUGCGACUUGUCCUCACUGGGUGUACGAUGUUGCUAAGAAAUACAUGAAGUCUACUUAUGAGCAAGUCGACCUAAUUGGGAAGAAGACGCAGAAGGCCGCCGUGACCGUGGAGCAUCUGGCCAUCAAUUGCCACUGGUCUCAGAGGGCAGCAGUCAUCGGCGAUGUCAUCCAGGUCUACAGUGGCAGUCAUGGACGAACCAUUAUCUUCUGUGAGACAAAGAAGGAGGCUCAGGAGCUCUCCCUGAACGAAUCGAUAAAGCAGGACGCUCAGUCGUUGCAUGGAGAUAUUCCACAGAAACAAAGGGAAAUCACCCUUCAGGGUUUCCGGAAUGGUAAAUUUGGUGUCCUGGUGGCGACCAAUGUGGCAGCUCGGGGUUUGGACAUCCCCGAGGUUGACCUGGUUAUACAGAGUUCUCCUCCAAAGGAUGUAGAGUCCUACAUUCAUCGUUCAGGACGGACGGGUCGAGCUGGACGGACCGGGAUCUGCAUUUGCUUUUAUCAGAAGAAGGAGCAGCACCAGCUAGGGCAGGUGGAGCGGCAGGCGGGGAUCACUUUCAAACGUGUGGGUGUUCCCAGUGCUUCUGAAAUAAUUAAAGCCUCCAGCAAAGAUGCCAUCCGGUUUCUGGAUUCGGUGCCCCCUGCAGCCAUUAACAACUUCAGACAGACAGCUCAGAAGCUGAUUGACGAGAAGGGGGCCGUGGAAGCCUUGGCUGCUGCGUUAGCCCAUAUCUCGGGGGCGACCGCCGUCGAGCAGCGUUCCUUGAUCAACUCUGACGUGGGCUUCGUGACGAUGGUGUUGCAAUGCUCCAUAGAGAUGCACAAUAUUGGCUAUGCCUGGAGAGGGUUGAAAGAGCAGCUUGGGGAAGAGAUCGACGACAAAGUGACACGGAUGACCUUCCUCAAGGGGAAAAUGGGCGUUUGUUUUGAUGUCCCUGCUGCAGAAGUAAAGACAUUCCAGGACCAGUGGCAGGACUCGAGGCGCUGGCAGCUCUCUGUGGCCACCGAGAGACCUGAGCUGGAGCAGCAGCCCGACGAAGGCAGAGGCUUCUCUAGUUUUCGGAACCAGAGGCAGGGAGGCGGCGGCGGUCGAGGAGGUCGAGGUGGCCGAGGUGGUGGCCGAGGCGGCCGGAGUGGUGGUGGCGGCGGCUUCAACAAGAAUGACAAAUUUCAGAAUAGAGGCCAGAAGAGAAGUUUUCAGAGAGCGUUUUCUCAUCGUUAAGAUGCGCAAAAGGACAGGAUUCCGUUUGGAGACACAGCAAUGCCCUCCCCAGUGACUUUUUUAAACUCUUAGGCCUGCUUCCUGCUUUCCUUCUACCACUCAUCAAACCAGCCAGCCGUUGUCCUUUGGGGCAGCUCGCAGCACGGGAUGGUGCUCACUGCGUUGAGGCCCGUCUGCCAUGUCUUCAGAAGCUUUUCUUUGAGGAGGGCACAUCAGUGUAUGUGUUGUCAUCUGAAACCCACAUCCGUGCAUUCCUUUCAGUCAAGUCCGUUUUCUGCCCAGGCUCUGCCCUUUGAAGGUAGUUACAGCAUCUCUGGGUAGUGUUUUACCCUGAGGACGAGCUCACGGGGCACCCAAGCUCGGAGGAUCUUUCUUGCAUAGCCAAAGAUUUGUUUUUGCAACAGAUAUUCCCAGUCCACCAGCUGAAUGGAUUCUCCUGGGGAGCCAUCAGCCUAAGGGUCAAUGCUGGUGAGCAUUGGGCAUCGGCUUGUUCUAGAGCCUGGGUCCUGCUGACGAUGCCGCAGCUUCACUGUCUUCUAAAGAACGUGUUUUUCGUGCAUCUGAUGCUGUUUUGGUGCUCGAGAAAUAAAAUUACAGGCAUUCUCCGCGGUGACGUGGGACCCAUCUGGCUUUAACCAGGUUCUAUUAAAUCUUCCUUCAUGGUAGAAGAAAAACUAGCAAAUUUGACAGAAGGCAUCUGUCGGAAUCUCAGACGUGAGAAGAUAAUUCAUGCCCAUUCCCAGGUGGGAAGGAAGGCAGGCAGGCAGGCAGAUGUUUGUCUACUUGCUUUGAACUCUUCUCCAUUUGGGAAAGAAACAUUGUUUAUUUUGGAGAAAUUAAAAGAAAAAUCUGGAUUUGCUAAGCAGGUAAAAUAAACUAUUAGAUAACCUUUUUCAAUUAUGAGAAAAAAUUCAAAGCCACCAUCUAGGGAAGUAUAAAACUUGGUGAAGUGAUGAUUGGCAAGCAGGUUCUCUGUUAGUAAUAGGAAAAAUAUUAGGUUGAUUCUCAUUUUGUAAAUUUCUAUGACCUAUAAUGUUAUAGAAUGUGUAUAUUUGCUUUUUGAUUCCGUCAACAUUUAUUAAGCAGCUACUGUGUGCUAGAGGUGGUUCUGUAUGAAAGCAAAAACUCCUUUGAUGUGCAGCAGAGAUGAUCGAUUGGGUCACUGUAUUCUUCCUUCUCUGUAAGGUAUCUUUGGAGGCUCCAUCGAUGAUCUGGGUCACGUCCAUUCCUCUCCAUAAUGGUGUUUCCUGGCUGGGUUUCCAUCCCUUCUCUAGGUGCCUUCUGUGGCCCUAACAAUCUCUCUCAUCCCCUGGGACGUUGUCCUGUCUGUUGCUGGUGGUAUGGGGCUUACACACCCUUGUCUCCCUCAGUGUGAGGGCAGUCCAAGCAUUUAUGAAGCCCCUCUGGUGUGUCUGUGCUGUGCUGUCCCCCAGUUUGAUGGCUCCUCCUUUGCUCCCAAACCUCUGGUCACCCCAACCAGAUUUAGUGGAAGGAACACUUGGUUUGCAGUCGGGAAAUGGGUUUGAACCCCAGCCCAGCUGCUUACUAGCUGAAUGAUCUUGGAUGAGGAGUGGGCCAAAUGCUCUCCAAGGCUGCCAUGAUGUCCUGUGACCUUGGUGACCCUUCUUUUUUCUCAUUUGGCUCCUGAAGCUCCAGCUCAUUGGACCCCCACCAGCCUCAGCUGCCCUGGUUAGUGCAGAAAGCAUCAAAAGACCAGUCUAGCAAGCAUUUUCACAACCAGCUGAAAUCUUCACUUACUGAUGCUCUUGGAAAUCCUUUGAAUACUGUGGUUCUUAAUGCUUUGCUCAGGAAUUAGGUGCUUAGUGACUGGGAGGGUGCUGAAACCCCUCAUUCCACCCUCUUGUCAUCACAGGAUGUUCCUCAGGGAAGCCUGGAGCUCCAGCUUUUCUUUUUUCAGAGGAUGAAGGGGACUUCCCAGAGUGAGGUAAUUGAUAAGGUCACCCCCCUUGAGUAUAUGGCAGAGCUUCCAACUUGAACCCAGGGCUUCUGGCCCUGAGUCGACCCUUUUUAGUGUGGAGUUCCUUUAACCUUGGUGGGGAGAGGUUUUUACUACUGCAUCCCAUUGCUGUGAUUCAGCCAUUAGUAGCGGGCAAAGCUUUGGUGGGCAGCCAACAGCAUUGGGUUUGGAACUGGUGUCACCUUGAAUUUGGAGAGGGCCUUGUGGGCCUACGCCAUUGUGCUUUGGAAUCAAGAAUGCUUCUGUAAGUGAACAAAAGAAAAAUUUAGUUCUCAAUAUAAAAGCAACUUGGCAGAAUUAGACUUUUCAACGGAACAUACUAAUGUUCAUUAUGAAAGACUGGGGGGGAAAUGUAAUUUUCCUAGAACAAGACUUGUGCUAAUAUCAUUCAUUAGUACCUAAAAUAUGAGUUCUAAAGAGGUUUUGUUGGGCUGGCCUGGGUACCUCACCACCAUUUAUAAUUUAGUUCCCAUGAGAAAGUGUUCCAAAUGUUUUUUUUUUUUUACAAAUGGAUUUUCAGAAUACAAUCUGGUUAUGAAUUGUGAACUGUCAACAGAUUAUUAAAGGUAUUUUCUAAGA